CUCUUGUCAUCUACGGAAAGGCGUUCACACAGCCGAAGGAGAUCACGGGAUAAUCUCGGCAUUUACCCACAUCAACAAGGGUAGUAGUGCUAGCCACGAAGUUCAACAAUGGUGUUUGAAUCUAUGGUCAGCGAUCUCCUGAACAGGUUCAUCGGAGACUAUGUGGAAAACCUCGACAAGUCCCAGUUGAAGAUUGGCAUUUGGGGAGGCAAUGUUGUUCUGGAGAACCUGAAAGUUAAAGAAAAUGCUUUGAGUGAGCUGGAUGUCCCAUUUAAAGUGAAAGCUGGUCAGAUUGGAAAACUGACAUUGAAGAUCCCUUGGAAGAACUUGUACAAUGAUGCUGUAGUUGCAACGUUAGAUGGUCUGUAUCUGCUGGUGGUUCCUGGAGCAACGAUAAAGUAUGACGCCGCGAAGGAGGAGCGUUACCAGCAGGAGGCCAAGCAGAAGGAGCUGCAGCGCAUUGAGGAGGCGCUACUGAUGGCUGCUCGCAGAGAAAAGCCUCAGAAAGAUGAGAAGAAGGACACGUUUGCUGAGAAGCUCAGUCAUCAGAACCUGCAAGUCAAGAUCACCCAGCAAGGCAUCAGAUAUGAGGACGAUACGACCGAUGAGAACUGGAAGUCGUGUAUUCUGAAGGCAGCCAGAAUCAUCAGGAAGAGUUUGCUGGGCCGUUUGGAAGAGCGCCUACUGGAAUCAACAGUCCCCAUCUUCUAUAAAGGCUCCUGGGAAGAGAUACUGGAAAAGCUGAAGGACGGCAUCAGUACCAAGGACCAAGAGAUCAAAGACUACCAAUAUAUUUUCAAACCCAUCUUUGCCUCUGCUAAAAUGGUAAUCAACCCGAGUGCUGAGAUUGAGCUGAAGUCUCCCAAAGCCAGCCUGCAUCUGGAGGUUCAGAAUGUAGCAGUAGAGAUGACCAGACCACAGUACCUAACCAUGGUGGACCUGCUAGAGUCUAUAGACUGUAUGGUGAAGAAUGGACCCUACAGGAAGUUCAGACCUGAUGUACCAGUACACACAAAUGCCAAGCACUGGUGGAAGUACAGUAUGAACAGCAUCCUGGACGUUCACGUCAGACGUUUCAACCAGAUGUGGUCGUGGUCCAACAUCAGGAAGCACCGCCACACUCUGAAGACCUACAGGGCAGCCUACAAGGCCAAACUACUGACAACACAGGGCAAACUCCGAGAGGACCAAGAGAAGCAGAUACAGGACCUGGAGAAGAGCCUGGAUGUCUUCAACAUCACGUUGGCCCGGCAACAAGCACAGAUGGAGGUGAUCCGGUCAGGGCAGAAGGUGGUAGCUAAGAAGGCUGUGGCCGGCCAGAAGCAGGGAGGAGGGUUUUUCAGCAGCUUCUUUGGAAGGAAGGAAGGGAAGAAGAAAGAGCAGGAACAGGAAACCCAGGAGGAAGAGGGUACAGGCAUUGAAGAGUUGAUGUCUGCUGAUGAGAAGGCUAAACUCUACACGGCCAUCGGAUACAGUGGUAGUUCUCACAACCUGGCCUUACCCAAGCAGUACGUGGCAGUGGUGGUGACCUUCAAGCUGUUCCGUACGUCCAUCACGGUGAGGGAGGAGCCCAACGUCCCAGAGAUCCUGAAGAUCCAGAUGAUCGACCUCAGCACCACCGUCUCCCAGAGACCCGGGGCUCAGGCCAUCAAGGUGGAGGCAGCGUUAGAACACUGGUACGUAACAGGGUUGGAACAGCAGGGAGCUGUCCCCUCUCUCAUAGCGUCAGUAGGGGACUCCACCUCCUCUCUGCUCUCCAUCCUGUUUGAAGUCAACCCAGAGGACAGCGUUGCAGAGCAGCUGCUCAGAGUCCACUCCCAGCCUGUAGAGAUCAUCUAUGACUCGUUGACAGUGAACAGCAUGGCAGAGUUCUUUAAGACAGGGAAGGGAGUGGACCUGGAGGUGUUGACUUCAGCUACUCUCUCCAAGCUGGAGGAGAUUAAGGACAAGACAGCCACUGGUCUGUCUCACAUCAUUGAGACCCGGAAGAUUCUGGACCUGAAGAUUGACCUAAAGCCUUCAUACCUGCUGGUGCCUAAGUCUGGCUUCUACCACGCCAAGUCUGACCUGAUGAUCAUAGACUUUGGUAGUCUACAGCUGGUGAGUGUGGACCAGGGGAACCCCCAGUCUUUAUCACCCAGUUUCAGUUCCCUGGAGGAGAUUAUGGACCGUGCCUACGAGAAGUACUCACUGGAGCUACGUCAUGUCCAGGUCCUUUACAGCAAGUCAGGUGAGGAGUGGAAGACGGCCCGUCAACGUGGUUCCUCUAUACAACACAUCCUGCAGCCCAUGGACUUCAGCCUCCAGCUGGCCAAAUGCAUGGUGGAGAAGGACACCAGGAUGCCCAGAUUCAAGGUGUCUGGAGAACUGCCUCUCCUCCAUGUGAAGAUCUCAGACCAGAAGAUCCAGGGAGUGUUGGACCUGGUCAACAGCAUCCCCCUGCCCCAGAGUGAUUCCACCCCGUCCACCCCCCACCCAGAAGAAGGUACAGUUGGUAUGCCCCAGAGUGAUUCCACCCCGUCCACCCCCACCCAGAAGAUGCUGUAUUUGUCUGAGGCCAGGCCCAACGUCCUGGGUUUACAGUCUACCGUCCUGCUGGAUGCAUUAGAGACAGACUCAGAUGGAGAGUCAUAUUAUAUGUCUGUGGAUGAGGAGCACCAACCCUCCGUCAUAGAGGAACUGACUGACGUACACUUCAAGUUUGAAGUCAAAGCGGUGCUGUUGGAGUUGACGCGUCAGGCUGACCAGGAGAACACGUUGUUAGCCCUCAGUGUCUCUCAGCUGGGAGCAGAGGGCAAGAUGAGAACCUAUGACCUCACCAUCACCUCCUACCUCCGUAAAGUAGGCCUGGACUACUGUGAGAUCAGAGGUACCUGUAACCCUAACUAACUAACCCUAACCCCUAACCUAUGACCUCACCAUCACCUCCUACCUCCGUAAAGUAGGCCUGGACUACUGUGAGAUACGAGGUACCUGUAACCCUAACUAACUAACCCCUAACCUAUGACCUCACCAUCACCUCCUACCUCCGUAAAGUAGGCCUGGACUACUGUGAGAUACGAGGUACCAGUAACCCUAACUAACUAACCCUAACCCCUGACGUAUGACCUCACCUCCUACCUCCGUAAAGUAGGCCUGGACUACUGUGAGAUACGAGGUACCAGUAACCCUAACUAACUAACCAUAACCCCUAACCUAUGACCUCACCAUCACCUCCUACCUCCGUAAAGUAGGCCUGGACUACUGUGAGAUA